UUUCCUUAUUCUUUCUUUCACUUAAGCGCAAGAAUAAGAAGUAUCUGGUUCCCCACUUUUUCUUUAAGCGCAAGGUAAGCAACCUUGUCCUAAACCGGGAAUCGAAAGCCAGUCGCAACGAGGACAUUACUCCUAUGGCUUGCCUUUCACCGCAACAGUUGAAAAUGCUGUUGCUCGCUUCUCCUUAAUUCCAAUAUGGAAACAGUUCGUUCAAUUCCAAGACCUCCAAUCUAAUUGCACAGUCCCGUAGCCCCUAAACACAGUACACAAAUCUCUGAUUCCAGCAAGAAGAAGCGCAUUGGUUAUGGUCGUUCUACCAGUGGUAAAGUUAGGGACCCUCCUCCUUAAAACUGUCUGCAAACGCGUUGCCAAUCGGCUGAAGAAGGAGGCUGGCUUGCAUCCCAAGUUCAGGCAGUUCAUCAUCAACGUUGCCCAGGUAAAUCAUCGAUUUACAACUCAAAUGCAAAGACGGAUCUAUGGUCAUGCAACAGAUGUUGCAAUACGCCCUCUAAAUGAGGAGAAAGCUGUGCAAGCUGCUGCAGAUCUUUUGGGUGAACUUUUUGUAUUCACGGUUGCUGGUGCUGCAAUUAUUUUUGAGGUGCAAAGAAGUUCAAGAUCAGAAGCAAGAAAGGAGGAUCAGCGCAGACAGGAAUUAGAGGCAAUGAAGCAAAGAGAUGAAGAUUUAGCGAGAGAGCUCGAGCUUCUCGAACAUAAACUUGAAGAGCUAGAACAACUUGCCAAAGGACGAGGGCUUGCUGGUAUUUUCCAUUUCCUGCCGAAUCAUGGCCCUGAAGCUGGAAAAGCAAAAUCCACUUGAUUGUGGCGGAAAACAAGCAUACCCCCAUAAUUUUACAUUAAGAACUAACUAAUCUCCAUUAUCCUUCAUUACCUUGUUUUUGAUUUUGAAUGCCUGAUUAUCUGCUGUCAUGGCCAGUUUUAGUUACAAAUUCAACCCGGAUUUUGAGAUAUGGAAAUAAAUAGUUUCCUUUCAUUUGUUUU